GUAAGUAAGUAAGUAAGUAAGUAAGUAAGUAAGUAAGUAAGUAAGUGUGCACGGAUUAAGAUCGUACCCGAUGUGUGCAACCUGUACGAAUGGUCCACCUGGAUAACUCCAACCAUUUUGCAUAAGAAGCGUUUCGAGACGGCAUUUUAACUCAUCGCAUUGGACGCUCUAUCGACCGUGGUACCUGAAUGCAGCGAGUACUUCAGGUUCAACAAUAUUUUUGGGAUACUCCAAGCAACCUGCUCGAAGCGCACAAUAGCGAACGUAUUUGGCUUACACCUCCCCAAGCAUAUGAGCUGAAACGGCUCAGCUAUCUGCAGGACAUCGAACAGGUUGUCUCGUUUGCAAGGAACAAACGAUUCGCCAACGGUACUACACCUCUCUGUCCCGUCGCGUUCACUGCAGCGGAAUGGGAUCGUUUUGGCUUUGCUGGGAAACAGCCUCUAUCCUACAAACUAUGACUAAGUGACAGUGUACAGCAAAGCAAAGUUAUAUGUGCACCAAACGAUGGAAGAGCUAAGGCUUAAUGUCGAAUGACUCCGGCGCACCGUUUGGAGCUGGUAGGAAAAGUGCACACGACGGGGGUUGUAUUAAAAUCAACCGGCACUAGAUGAGCAUUUGCAUCUUAUGGGAGAUAAUCGACACUUGAUUGAAUCGUAAGACAGUGGAGCCCAAACUGGAAUGGAGUUUUUGUUUUGAAAACAAAAAAAUAAGUUGAAGAUAUUAACAUUUUGCCUUCAUUAUCGAAUUAUUUUUCAUCACGAAGAACUGUUUUCGACGAUUUCAAGCCAAAUGAAGCUUCCAUUCCAACAGGCCGUUAGGAUUUGUAUCGCCAACAGCUUCC